CAUCGUCAUUGAAUGGUUGGCGCCGGUGGGUGAAUACCACAUGGUUUGCUGAGUAAAAUUUCCGGCUUAACGUGAGAAGCGUCCUAUUCAAUUUCACCAUCAAAAAGCAGUAAAAUCAUCACAUAAAUGCAGGAUACUGAGGAUAUAGCGGCUGAAGCCGAAUUUGAAGAGGACGAAGAGCCUUCUUUCAGUGAUACGGAGGAUUUCGAAGAUGACAUCGAUGACGAGGAGCUUUUUGGCGAUAUCCUGAGGGAGAAGCCACAGGAAACUGAUGGCAUUGACUCUGUGGUGGUGGUAGAUAAUGUCCCCCAGGUCGGACCAGAACGUCUGGAGAAACUGAAAAAUGUUAUCCAUAAGAUUUUUUCAAAAUUUGGUAAAAUUACCAAUGAGUUCUACCCUGAAGCUGAAGGCAAGACAAAAGGAUAUAUUUUUCUCGAGUAUGCAUCACCCAUUCAUGCCACUGAAGCUGUGAAAAAUGCUGAUGGUUAUAAGCUGGACAAGCAACACACAUUUCGCGUGAAUGUCUUCACUGACUUUGACAAGUACAUGACUAUCAGCGAUGAGUGGGAAACACCAGAGAAACAGCCAUUCAAGGACUUUGGAAACCUGCGGCACUGGUUGGAGGACCCAGACUGUCGCGACCACUACAGUGUCAUUUAUGAAUCCGGGGAAAGGACAGGAAUCUAUGCCAAUGAUGCCAAGGAGCCAAUUACAGCUGAGGAGAGAGCUCGGUGGACUGAGACAUACGUGCGCUGGUCUCCGAAAGGCACCUACCUGGCCACAUUCCACCAGAGGGGCAUUGCGCUCUGGGGUGGAGAGAAAUUCAAACAGAUCCAGCGCUUCAGUCACCAGGGGGUCCAGCUCAUUGACUUUUCACCUUGUGAAAGGUACAUGGUCACUUUCAGCCCUCUGAUGGACACGAAGGAUGACCCUCAGGCCAUUAUAAUCUGGGAUGUCCUGACUGGACAGAAGAAGAGAGGGUUCCACUGUGAAAGCUCUGCCCACUGGCCAAUCUUCAAAUGGAGUCACGAUGGAAAGUUCUUUGCUAGAAUGACCCAGGACACACUCAGUAUCUAUGAAACACCAUCUAUGGGACUCUUGGACAAGAAGAGUUUGAAAAUCAGUGGGAUAAAGGAUUUCUCUUGGUCUCCGGGCGACAACAUCAUUGCAUUUUGGGUCCCAGAGGAUAAAGAUAUUCCAGCAAGGGUGACUCUCAUGCAGCUUCCAUCCAGGCAAGAGAUCAGAGUGCGCAACCUGUUCAAUGUGGUGGACUGCAAGCUGCACUGGCAGAAGCAGGGAGAUUACCUGUGUGUGAAGGUGGAUAGGACUCCCAAGGGCACACAGGGUGUUGUUACCAACUUUGAGAUCUUCCGGAUGAGGGAGAAGCAGGUGCCUGUAGAUGUGGUGGAGAUGAAGGAGGGCAUCAUCGCUUUCGCCUGGGAGCCGAACGGAAGCAAGUUUGCUGUGCUGCAUGGAGAAUCUCCACGAAUCAAUGCAUCUUUCUACCACGUGAAGAACAACGGCAAAAUAGAACUGAUAAAAAUGUUCGACAAACAACAAGCAAACAGCAUUUUCUGGAGUCCGCAAGGACAGUUCCUGGUGUUGGCUGGAUUGAGAAGCAUGAACGGUGCUCUGGCUUUUGUUGACACCUCGGACUGUACGUUGAUGAACAUUGCAGAGCACUACAUGGCCUCAGAUGUUGAGUGGGACCCGACAGGCCGAUUUGUGGUCACCUCCGUCUCCUGGUGGAGCCACAAGGUGGACAAUGCAUUCUGGCUUUGGACAUUCCAAGGACGCCUCCUCCAAAAGAACAACAAGGAUCGGUUCUGCCAGCUGCUGUGGAGGCCACGUCCGGCCAUUUUGCUCAGUCAGGAGGAAAUCAAGCUUAUCAAGAAGGAUCUGAAGAAGUAUUCCAAGAUCUUUGAGCAGAAGGAUCGUUUGAGUCAGUCCAAGGCAUCCAAGGAAUUGGUUGACAAGAGACGCACCAUGAUGGACGAUUAUCGCAAAUACCGUGAGAACGCGACACAGAUGCAUCAGGAACAGAGAACUCUACGCCUGGAACUGAGAGGAGGUGUGGAUACCGAUGAACUUGACAGCAAUGUUGAGGAUUGGGAAGAAGAGACCAUUGAAUUUUUCAUCAAUGAAGAAAUUAUUCCACUUGGAGAUCCGGAGUAAUUCCGAUAGCAGCCCAUUCGUCUUCAAAGAGGAGCUCUGGUGCAUUGCGUCUGGGGAAAAGCACCUGAGAUUGUUUCGGUGUAAUUGGAAAUUCCAUGCUCAAACUUCACCCUUGUCUGGCAUCAGUAUAUAGUGCCUUUUAAUACUGGUCACUGCGGUGGGAGAAUUUUAAGCUGCUGUUUUUGCUUUUUUUGGCAUACGUUUUAAUAAUUCCUUCAUAAAUUAUAACAUCUCAACUUAACAUCUAAUUUCUCUUUUCCCCCAUCUAUUUUAUUAGUUACCAAAAUAAUUUGCCACUACAAGAGAACGUACGAUGCCACAGUUUGCCAUGAACUAUUUUUACUUCUGUAAAUGGAAGGAACUGUGUUUUGUACAAAUAUUCAGAAGGAUUAACAAAAUAAUUAGUGUGCUGAAGCAGCACUACAGUGGACUGUAUCCUCCUCCAUUCCGAUUACCUGAUAUUAAUUGUACUACAAGGUAAUUAAUAAAGUAUGGUUGCUAGCCUGCAUGAC